UCCCCAUUUGGCUAAGUAGGAUGAGAGGCUCCUCACACCCACAAUCCCCUGAGCCAUCCGCCGCCUCCUCAAAUCAGCAUUUUCAUUAAUUAAGAAAGAAGAAGCAAACAAGAGUACCACACUCACUCAGAGGGUCCGACCCGCAUAAGCGAUGGGCGCGAGCAGUGACCCGACCCAAGACGGUUCCGACGAGCAGCAAAAGCGUUCGGAGAUCUACACCUACGAAGCUCCAUGGCACAUCUACGCCAUGAACUGGAGCGUCCGCCGCGACAAGAAGUACCGCCUCGCCAUCGCUUCUUUACUGGAACAGUACCCUAACAAGGUCGAGAUCGUCCAGCUCGACGACUCCACCGGCGAGAUCCGUUCCGAUCCCGCCCUCUCCUUCGAGCACCCCUACCCUCCCACCAAAGCCAUCUUCAUCCCCGACAAGGACUGCUCCCGCCCCGACCUCCUCGCCACCUCCUCCGACUUCCUCCGCGUCUGGCGCCUCCCUGACUCCACCAACUCCGACGACGCCGCCACCACCACCGCCAACAACAACGGCAACGGCUCCCGCGGCGGUGGCGGUGGGGUUGAGCUUAAGAGUCUCCUGAACGGGAACAAGAACAGCGAGUUCUGCGGGCCGCUGACGUCAUUCGAUUGGAACGAGGCGGAGCCACGGCGGAUCGGGACGUCGAGCAUUGACACGACGUGCACGAUUUGGGAUAUUGAGAAGGAGGCUGUGGAUACGCAGCUUAUUGCGCAUGAUAAGGAGGUGUAUGAUAUUGCCUGGGGUGGUGUUGGGGUUUUCGCUUCCGUUUCUGCUGAUGGUUCUGUUAGGGUUUUUGAUCUUCGCGAUAAGGAGCAUUCCACCAUUAUUUACGAGAGCUCUGAGCCUGAUACUCCUUUGGUUCGCCUCGGCUGGAACAAGCAGGAUCCUAGGUACAUGGCUACCAUCAUAAUGGAUAGUGCCAAGGUUGUGGUGCUUGAUAUUCGUUUUCCGACGCUUCCAGUUGUCGAGUUGCAGAGGCACCAGGCAAGUGUGAAUGCCAUUGCUUGGGCGCCACAUAGUUCUUGCCAUAUCUGUACAGCUGGGGAUGACUCACAGGCUUUGAUUUGGGACCUUUCUUCGAUGGGUCAGCCUGUGGAGGGUGGUUUGGACCCGAUUCUUGCGUACACGGCUGGUGCAGAGAUUGAGCAGCUUCAGUGGUCAUCUUCUCAGCCAGAUUGGGUUGCCAUUGCUUUCUCCACCAAGCUUCAGAUUCUGAGGGUUUGAUUGUUUUGUUUUCUCACUCACAGUUCACCGAAGGUGGAGAUUUCAGAAUGUUGUUAGAUGGGUACAUAUUCUUGUCAAACUGAGGGUAUUUUUGUCUCUAGUUAUUUGGUACUUCUGUGAACCCUGUCCAGUAUUCGUUUCAAAGAGACUUUUAUUUUGUUUUUGUUCUGUAGAUGUGAAAACAAAAUUGGGGAUAUUUAGAGUUAAAAACGUGCUCCUAGAGUCCACAAGGUGGUCUAUUGUUUUUAAAACAUUAACCCAAAUGAGUAGCUCCAAAG